AUGUCCAGUGAACAUGAUCAGGCUUCUCCUGACAAGGAGCAGGCCACAGCAUCUACACACUCGACGGACCAGAAUAUCAUCGGCAACAUGGCCGUCGCCAAUCAAUUAUCAACCAAAAAAAGCUACAGAUUCUGGGCUAUAAUUGCAACAUUGUCUAUCGCUGGCAAUCUUGCAUCUCUUGAGGCUACGAUUGUUUCAACCGCCUUACCAACAAUCAUUACCGAUUUACAUGGUGCGAACAAGUAUCUAUGGGUUGCAAACGCAUAUUUAUUGGCAAUGACUGUAUUACAGCCCAUCUAUGGUCAAUUGGCAAAUGUAUUCGGAAGACGAUACCCCAUGGUAAUCGCAACGGCACUCUACACACUCGGAAGCGGAAUAUGUGGCGGUGCUACCAGCAUCGAGAUGUUGAUCGCAGGUCGAGUGAUACAAGGUAUAGGAGCCGCUGGGACAACAACCCUGACCGAGAUUAUUGUUUGCGAUAUUGCGCCUCUCCGAGAACGAGGUUUCUAUCUUGGUAUUGUCAUGGGCACAAAUCUGUUUAGCUCUGGGCUUGGCCCGCUAUUUGGAGGAUUGAUUGUGCAGAAGACCACCUGGAGAUGGGUGUUUUAUUUGAACCUUCCCAUAGGCGGCCUUUCGUUGGCUGCACUGAUCUUCUUCCUACAAGUGGAAUACGACAAGGAAAUGACAAUCACCAAAAAGCUAAAGAGGCUGGAUCUCACUGGAAGUGUCAUAUUCGUGGGCUCCGCAAUAUCCAUCUUGAUUGCUCUAGCCUGGGCCGGUGCAACUUACUCUUGGUCCUCCGUCCAAGUGAUUCUCCCACUUGUUUUGGGUUUUGUUGGCCUAGGAUGCUUUCUGGUUUAUGAAACAUUCGCCGUUGAUCCCAUCAUGCCACUUCGCCUAUUCCAGAAUCGAACCUCGCUUACAGCGUUUUUCCUCACGUUCCUCCAUGCUAUUAGCUUCAUGAUGCCACUUUACUUUCUGCCAAUAUACUUCCAGUCUGUCCUCGGUGCUGACCCAGAACGUUCGGGAAUUGACCUACUGCCUACCAUCUUCACAGUCAUACCAGGUGGCAUAAUUGCUGGAGUUCUCCUGCAGCGAGUCGGACGUUACAAGCCAAUUCACUUCAUUGGAUUUGGAGCCAUGGCGGUAUCAUUCGGUCUAUUCUCGUUAUUGGAUGAGAACUCUUCCACUGCAGCAUGGGUACUCUUCCAGAUGCUCAUGGCUAUCGGCCUCGGCCUCAUCGUGCCUACAUUACUUCCAAUGGUGCAAGCCGAGUUGACCGACGCAGAUACCGGGAGCGUAACCGGAGCAUGGACUUUUCUUCGAAGUUUUGGAAUGACCUGGGGUGUCACGAUUCCAUCUACUAUUUUCAAUUAUUGGACUAGCCACUUGUCGACUCGGAUUCAGGAUCCAAGUGUGGUCUCUUUAUUAACUGGUGGACAGGCUUAUGAGCAUGCCACAAAAGAUUUUGUCGAUUCCAUAGCUGAUCCGAUCAUAAGAGCUCAAGUUAUCUCUAUUUUUUCAGAUAGCUUGAAAAAAAUGUGGCAAAUAGGUAUUGCGUUUGUUGCUCUUGGGUUCUUGGUGGUCUUUAUUGAGAAGGAGGUUCCUUUGCGAAAUGAACUGGACACAGAGUAUGGUAUCAAAGAGGAAGAUAUCAAAAAGGAACCGGAGGUUGCGGUGUAG